CCCAGAAGAGCUGCAAAUGCUGUCCUGUGGAGAACCCACGGACUGUGGUCAGCUGGUGCUUAGCCAGUGACCUGUGGUAGCACCAGGUGAAUCUCAGCACUGACAGAUCAGUAGGUGGCAACGAGGUGUGGAAGCCAGAAACUUCAGAAACUUCACCACAAUGAGAUGCAUCACCCAUCCACUGCUCAGGAAGUUGUUGAGCCUCCCAGCCCAGUGUGUGCCAGGACUGGGGACUCCAAGGAAAGGUGCUGUGCUCAGUCCAAAGCAGUUGUUUCUGAGGCAGAGCUGCAGUGCAGGACCUGGGCUCGUGACUGCCACUGAUAUGGUCAACUAUUGGCAGAAGGUGUUUGAGACAAAUGGGAUCCCUGAAGCACGAGAAUCCAGUCAAUAUAUUGUGUCAUUUGUCCUGGGAGCAAAAACAUUUCAGAGUCUGGAUUCCAAAAGCCUCCACACUCCACUUACAGCACUGCAGCAGGAGCAAAUCCAGCAGCUGAGCCACAAGCGGCUCCAAAGGAUGCCAGUGCAGUACGUGCUUGGAGAGUGGGACUUCCAGGAGCUGACCCUGCAGAUGAGACCCCCAGUGUUUAUUCCACGGCCUGAAACAGAGGACCUUGUCUCUCUAGUUGUGGAGGAAGAACUUCAGAAAUGUGAGAAUUCCGCCCUCUGUUUCCCAGUUCCUGUUCCUCAUCCUGUGAUCCUGGAAAUUGGCUGUGGCUCUGGAGCAAUUGCUCUGAGUCUGCUCUGUAAACUGCCACAGAGCAGAGUCAUAGCCAUGGACAAAGAGGAGGCUGCUGUGGAUCUCACCAGGGAGAAUGCACAUAGGUUGCAACUCCAAGAAAGGAUUCACAUCAUCCACCAAGAUAUUUCACACAGUUCUGCCAAAGAGCUGUUGCUCUGGGGCCCCAUAGAUGUCAUAGUCAGUAACCCCCCAUAUGUUUUCCAUGAAGACAUGGCUUCCUUGGAUGCAGAAAUCCUCUGCUAUGAGGACCUUGAUGCCCUGGAUGGGGGAGAUGAUGGCAUGAGAGUCAUCAAAACAAUUCUGGCUUUGGCUCCUUCUCUUCUCAAGGUUUCUGGGAGUGUGUUUCUGGAAGUAGAUCCCAGGCAUCCAGAUAUGGUGGAGCACUGGCUACAGGCACACCCAGAAUUACUGCUCACCCUCCAUGCCAUUCACAAGGACUUUUGUGGCAAGCCUAGGUUUCUGCACAUCCAGAAACAAAGCAGCUGACAACUGUCAGACAUAACUCUCCUUGCAGGAUGCUUUUUGCUCUUGAGCCCAGCGGAGCAGCUGGUUGAAAACUCCUCCUGCCUUGUGAGAGGAAUCUCCAUUCCCUGCAAUGUUGGACUUUUCAUGCAGUGACAGACCCCUCAUAUCCUGACACAGGCCUCAUCCAGAGAUGCAGAAGUUCAGCUGAGCAUGUGGAAGUGUUCCACCUUCCUCAGGGAACUGCAUGAAACAUUUUAGUCUGCUCUGCUAAAGUGACUCAAUCAUCUCAGGACCUAAGAUAGAAGAGUUCACAGCUCCAGAUUAAAAAUAUAACUUCUCAACGUGCCAGAUCACCCAUUUGGCCUAGAAAGAAUUUAAUUAUAUUUUUUUUAAUUGGCCUUGAGAUGCAUUUAUAUAAAAUGUGACCAGAUGGGGUGAUAAGCUCAAAUCCUGGCUUAUACUGGCACAUGGAUUUGCAGGUAUAACAGGCCAUAACUGUUGUGCACAUUUCAGAUGCAGUUCUGUUUCAGGAUCCUGAUGCUCCAAUAGCAAAGCAGCCUUUGUGUCCCACUCCUGCUGAGUGAUUGUCUCUGAAGGAUCUUAGAGCACCUGAAUUUACAGCCUUUGACAUUUGGUGGAUGCUGCCAGAAAUGGUCAACACAUUAUAAUAAAGACAGUGCUUCAGACCAGGGUCCUUACAAGAAUUUCACUGCAGCUAUUUAGAGAUGCUGGCAGGCCUGAAUAAACAUCUGGCACCCACACAUUGCUCUGAUAGUAAUAGAAAUGCCUAAAUUCCACAUGAGGCAUUUAAUUGCAACAUUUUAAAGAGAAGGCCACAGUCACUACUCCACUUUUGCAGAUGGAGAAGUGGAAAAACAGGAGGUGAAGUGACCUGCAGAAAGUUUGACAAGCUGAGUUUGGAGUAGGACCCAGGCUCUUGACAGGCGUGGGAGUAGCUGAGGUCUGUCUCUCUGGGAAGGAUGACUCAGCCCAGGCCAGCCUGAAACAGCUCUGAGAGAGGUCCCCAAAGUGGACAGUCAACAUCAUGUCAGUGUAAAUAAUGGCAGGGUGAAAUUCAAGCUGCUGCUGCUGUUUGCAGUGGUGCAGGUUCCCUUCUGGAGCACAGCUAGCCAGGGAAGGAAGGAAAGGAGCCAAGGAAAGGGUCUGCUCUGCCAGGCCAGAUAGAAGCAGUUGCUGGGCCAGUGGAGGUGAGCACUCAGGAGGGGUGGGAGCAUCCAGCCAGGGCCCUGCUGUGUGUGCCAGGGGGGAGCUCCCAGGCUCUGUCCAGGCUGGCUGGGGCUGCACAGCCAGGAGCAUCAGGCAGGACAUGCAGCAGCAAGCUGAGUCUGUUGGAAGGCUGCAGCAGGGUCACAGGGUGUUACAUGAGCCCUGAUACAUCUGUUCCCUUUCCCCUCUGCCUCUCCCACACUCUCACUCCUCAGAUGAGUUUUCUCCAUCCCCUUCACUGCUGAACAUCAGCCCUGCUUUCCCACAGACACCUGAGCUCUCUCUGAUGAACCAGCACUUGGGUCCCAGCUGGAACCUUUCCCUACUCACAGCUCUGCUCACAGGCUUGCCUUUCACCCAUUGUACAUUUCACAUUACAUUUAUCCACUCCAGUAGUUUACCGUGUUCUGUACACUCUUUACUUGAAUUUUUGAGUCUUCUCUGGCCUGCAGUACCUGCCCUGGUUAAACACAGUAGAAGAAAGUAGAAGAAGGAGAGAACAAAAAUAGGUCAGUUAAAGUGCACUUGAGCAAAGGUUUGAAAAUACCACUUCAGUACAGCUCAUUUCUGGCCUCCCAGAGCCAUGAGUACAAAGUACAGUCAAAGGGUAUUUUGUGUGGUUGUGGCCUUUUUCCUAACAGUAAUUUAGGGGUAUUCAGUUUGUCAGAUUUUGUUUAAAAAUUAAAUUUAAAGAAAUGA